AUGGCAUAAAAAAAUAGUAAAAGUUUUACUGAUGAUAUAUAAAUUUAAAAUUCUUUAAUGAGAUUCAGAAAGGAUGAUUAAACUUAAGAAACUUUUAAUGAAAAUGUUAAUUAUGAUAAUUAGCAAUUUAUAUAAUAAUAGAUUAGUCCUUUUUUCAAUGAAAAAGAAGAUUUAUAAAAAAAAUGGAUUUAUAUUGGCAAUAAGCUUAAUCACAAUAAUUAUAAUGAAGAUAAUAGCUUUUAAAAAACCAAUAGCAAUCCUUUUAAUGCUUAAAUUGAUAACUAUAAAAAGAAACAUACUAGUGACUCAUUUAAAACUGAAGGCAAAAAUGACCCUUAAAUCAGCUAUGAUCAAUACAGUAACCAGAUUAUGAAACCAAGAUCUUUUAGUAUUGAUAAACAAAGAGACUCUUAAUAUAUUUAGAAUGAAGAUAGUAAUCAAUGUUUCCAUGAAGCUAAAUACAAACAAUUUGAUUUAAAUCAGAACCUUUUUGAUUUUUAAAAUGAAAAUAUCAGUUAAGAUAGAAAUUUAAAUGAUUAAAUUAGCAACCAGUAAGCUUAUUAAAACCAAAAAUGCUCAUUGACAGAAGGUAUUUUUACACAUCAAAAUACUUAUGAUGAAAUUAAUAACCAUCCAAUUGAAUAAUUUCAAUAGAUUAACUCAAAUAUUAAUAAAUUAUAUUUUUAAUAAGAUUGUAAUUCUAGUAAUAAAUAUGAUCAAAUAAAUAUCCAGUCUUUGGAGAACUAAAAUAAUUGCUAAGAGUAAGAAAGAAAUCCUAUCAUUAUUGAUGAUUAUUUAUAUGAUUCUUAAUAAUUUGGUAGGUAUGAUGAUUUUGUAAAUACCUAUAGAGACUAAAGUGAAAAAAAAUCAUUUCUCAUGGAAUAAAAUUAUUGUGAGAAAUCAGACUUUUAAAAUUGUUAUUCAAUUGAACCUUAAGUGAACACUGACUAAAAAGAUUCCUAAAAAUUUACAUAAUUUUGGAGUGAUUAAUUUGAUGAUAAUUUAGGUGUUUUAAAAGAUUAAAGUGAAAAAAAUUCUUCAGAUUUAGUAGAAUAGAGUGGGUAAUUAAAAUAAAAAAAGGCAACAAUUAUAUAAUAAAAUCAAUAAAUAGUAUAAAAAAAUCUAACUUGCUAAACUCUAGUAGAAGAAUCUUUAACUUUGAGUAAGCAAUAGUAAAAGUAAUAAAAAUAAUGUGAAGAAGAUGAAAAAAAGAGCAAGGUAUUUUUAGGUAAAACAUUUAAGAGUAAUAAAGAUAAGCAAAAAUAAUAACGUAAAUCAAAGCACUUCUAAAUAAUUACAGAGAUAAAGUAGUAAAACUUUUUAGAAAUAGAUUUCAAGCUAUUAGAAGAUUUUAAGAAUGACAUUAAAAAAAAUUUAAUACGCGAUAUGUUAAAUAGAUGCAAUAAGAAUGUUAAUCAAGAAUUGCUCAGUCUUAUCAAUGUCUCUCUGGCUGGUUUGCAGACAUGGCAUGAUAUGAUAUGA